CCGUCGCCAAGCUCCAGAGGCGUUCGCCAAACAUCUGAUUGAGCACACUGGACGGCUGAGAGCCAUUGAGGGAGACCGCCUCCCGAAACAGCCGCGCGCACAGAGUUGGCUGCCUCUAUGGCACACAACCGUCGUGUACGUUGGCGAAUGUGAGCUGCGCGGCAAGUUCACCUUGGCCGGCGACGCGCGAGUCAGCGCAGAUGGCGGCUACCGGCGGGCGGAAGUCACCUUUCGUAAAAACGGGACAGUGCUACGAGCCAGUGGCCUCGCCUUCGACAAGGUGGAGUACGCUGCUCCUCGGUUUCGUUGCGAAGAUGAACUCCUGCACCUUGUGCCCGGAGGUGGAGGCGUCAACAUGGCACAGCAUUUGCUGGCCAAAAUCGACUGCACACGAACGCUUGACACCCCCAGGUCUCUCCAAAGCAUCAUACUUCGAUCACAAACUAGCUCCGAGGAAGUCCUUGUCUGCAGAUUUUACGGAUAGUCUAGUAACGCCCUUUGAACGUCAAUUUCGCAUGUUCGGGGACGGAAUUGAGAUCGGAUCCAAAGAUCACCAGUCUGAAGUCAUGCUUGGGACGGAGCAGGUGCCACAGGAUUUUGAACCUCACGAGCCGACGGAGAAGCGAAGAUGCUUUACUGCAGACCUCUGCUCCAGGACUUAUUCGCUGCGAAUCGCGGCCGGUGUUUCUUCGUACAGAGAAGGGUUACUUGGGGGUGGGGCCGGCUGACACACCGAGAGGCGAUUCGGCCUGUAUACUGUUGGGCGGCGUGAAGCCAUUCAUACUGCGACCGGCCGGCAAAAGGCAAUGGCGCUUGCUGGGCGACGCAUACGUCUGUGAAAUUAUGAAAGGGCAGCUUUCCCACCAUCAGGCGCCCUACACAGAGGAAGAGUUGUUCUUUGCUAGAGCCCGGUUUCGCAGUUUGGUCGGCGGCCGUAAUUAUAUAAG